UCAGAAAGGGAAGAGAGAUGCAGAGAUCAACAAUAAGUGUUGGUUUUAUGCGGGAGUGUUCUUGAUUAGCAUUCUUGGACGGUACAGUUACAUAUGUGGAAGAAGUGGCAGCUGAUAGCUAUUUAAGUAGCUUAUCUUUGAAUAAAGAUGCUUUCGAGCUGAUAAUGUUCUCUCUGUUCAAUGUAAAGUAGUAUUUGAAUUCCUAGUUCUUGGUUAUAUGUCUCAAUCUAGAUGCAUCGUAAAGUAGUAGUUGUAUUGCUAGUUUGUUGGUUAUGUUACCCAUCCAAGAGAAACCAAUGCAUACAACUUUCUCCAAUCCUACUCAUAUUUGGAUUACUAAAAACCAGUUAGGCAGUUAGGAUAAUACAAACACAGACAAAUCGAGCUUCUUGACACAGUGAAACCAAAAAAACUAGCAAGGGAACUGAAACAAAACCAUUGCACGGUAAAGAAGAAAGAUCAAUCCUGGCUUAAUAUGUACAGAUGGCCACUCUUUAGUUCAGAUGAGAUCGAAUGUUCGAUGAACAAUUGCAGAGACAAAGGCUGGCUGCUCAUGGACUUGAUUGGAUUAACUUCUGGAAGGUGCUGCCACUACUUCGUGCCACAAAUCUGCUUCUUUGCUCGUACUAACCUCAGGGAUACCUCGGAAGUAAGCUGUUACUUCCCACCUGCAAUCUGCAAACUUUUGGGAGUCAAUGGAACUCAAAUGAGUGAAAAAAUGGGUUCAUUUAACUCCCAAUAAACUACACCAGCAACUCAGCUAAGCAAAAUAUCACACAGCAGCACUUGGAGUCAAUGCAACCAUAUAAGUGCUCAAAACAGUUUUUUCAGAAGGUGAUAGAAUGAUAAAUGUCAACUUUUGACCGUUUAAUCAACGAGAAAACUACGAAUCAGAUUUCGGAAUCUGGUAUUCCCACCUGCAGUCUGCAAACAUUCAAGUCACUGGAGCCAUAUACAUUGAUGAAAUGCAUGAUUGUGGACUGUUACUUAUAAGACCAUUAAACUACCAACAAUUGGUUACAUUUUGAAUUCCAUUGCUUAACAGAUUCAAGAUUGUAUGAUCUCAACAAUCCAUCCCUCCAAAAACGAAUCCAUAGACAUCAAUCUAAUUAACCAAACCAACUCUUUCGAGCAAUCUUACCAUGAGGGAGAGGCUUGGUGAGAGAUUCUGAGGUGGGGAGUUUGAUCAGGAAGGAGGCAAAACGCGAAUUCGAGAUCAGAUUCUUCAAUUUUUGAUCCAGAUGAUGACGACUGGUUCAUACCGAGCUUGAACACGAAUCGUUCGUUAACCACAUUAUCACAUUUGUUGAAUAAGAUCACUAGUACUCUUUCCACCAAUCCCUAUUUGGAUUCCAACAAUUUGAGAGUAAGCAAGCAAAAUCAUAAAGUAUCUAAACAAACGAUGUCACCCCAAAUUUGGGUUCGGCCCACUGUCUCUUGAUAACGACUGGUCAGCCCAAGCCCAACAAGGAAAAAGUAAAACCCUAGGGUUGGCGUUCGCUAGCUGGCCGGGAUAGGAUUUUUCUGUGGCCGAAUAUAUACUCGACUCUAGUUCUUACUUCCCCCUAAGCCGCUCUUGUCACUUGAGAAAUUAGACGAGAGAGUUAACACUGCCCCAUACACCCUCCCGUCCUUUGCCGGUGCAUCAGGUCUGCUCGUUCUCUCUUCUUCUUCUUCAUCUUCACUGCGCUAGCUUCGAUCUGAUUUUCAUGAUUAGUCUCUCUGUUUCUGGUUAUGAUUGGUUGAUGUUCUUCGUCUUUUGCUGAGGUAUCAGUAGAUCUCUAGGUCUCAUUUACUUAUGAUUUUUUUUUUUUGCUGAUGGUUCGAUUGUCUGGAUCUUCUUGAUUACCGAGCUUUUGGCGAUGAGUUAUUGUGUACGAGUCGGUCGGAUUCUCAGUUUGCUAAUCGGUUCACAUCCUUCAAAUCCGUUUAUUGUAUCAGUUAUUGAUUGCCGAUUUUGAGUUUGUUGACUCUUGGAUCUUUGUUUACUGGGUUUAUUCCUCUAGCGGGUGAUUUGGAUUUUCUCUGAUGAGUAGUUAUAAAAGCUUGGUAAUGGAUUUCUGGUUUGCUGUUCGCUAGUGUCUUCGUUUUUUUUUUUACUUCCGCUGGUUUGCAGUCAAUAGAGAAUCGAUUUGUUGCUGGAUGGUCUGCUUAUGGAAUUGAUUGGUUUAGGAAUAUGUCAUUAGGACUUAUGUGUUCUUUGAAUAUGGGUUCUGUUUGUGAUUAUUGGAUUUGUUUGGUUGGUUCUAACUAUCUCCUUUUUGGAUGGUGCAGGUGUCCGAACAUAUAUCUGUUGAAGGAUAUUACUAUAAAGAGUAGGCAAGAUGGUGAAGUUCACGGCAGAGGAGCUUCGCCGCAUCAUGGACAUGAAGCAUAACAUCCGUAAUAUGUCUGUUAUUGCUCAUGUCGAUCAUGGCAAAUCAACUCUAACUGAUUCCCUAGUUGCUGCUGCUGGAAUCAUCGCCCAGGAGGUUGCUGGUGAUGUGCGUAUGACUGACACCAGGGCUGAUGAAGCAGAACGUGGUAUCACAAUUAAGUCCACCGGUAUCUCUCUCUACUAUGAGAUGAGUGAAAAAUCCCUCAAGCAGUACAAGGGACAGAGAGAUGGCAACGAGUACCUUAUCAAUCUUAUUGACUCUCCUGGUCACGUUGACUUCUCAUCUGAGGUCACUGCUGCUCUCCGUAUCACUGAUGGUGCUCUAGUUGUGGUUGAUUGUGUUGAGGGAGUCUGUGUCCAGACUGAGACAGUCCUACGUCAGGCUCUUGGUGAGAGGAUUCGUCCUGUGCUGACUGUCAACAAGAUGGACAGGUGUUUCCUUGAACUCCAGGUGGAUGGAGAGGAGGCCUAUCAGACGUUCCAGAGGGUGAUUGAAAAUGCUAAUGUCAUCAUGGCCACAUACGAAGAUCCCCUUCUUGGAGAUGUCCAGGUUUAUCCUGAGAAAGGUACUGUUGCUUUCUCUGCUGGGCUUCAUGGGUGGGCUUUUACCCUCACCAAUUUUGCCAAGAUGUAUGCUUCCAAGUUUGGAGUUGAUGAGUCUAAGAUGAUGGAGAGACUGUGGGGUGAGAACUUCUUUGACCCAGCAACAAAGAAGUGGACCACCAAGAACACUGGUUCUGCCACAUGCAAGCGUGGGUUUGUUCAGUUCUGUUACGAGCCCAUAAAGCAAGUGAUCAAUACUUGCAUGAACGAUCAGAAAGACAAGCUGUGGCCUAUGUUGUCAAAGCUGGGAAUUCAGAUGAAGUCCGAUGAGAAGGAAUUGAUGGGAAAGCCCCUGAUGAAGCGUGUCAUGCAGACUUGGCUCCCUGCAGCUGAUGCUCUAUUGGAAAUGAUGAUCUUUCACCUUCCAUCUCCUGCAACUGCUCAGAAGUAUCGUGUUGAGAAUUUAUAUGAAGGCCCACUCGAUGAUCAGUAUGCUACUGCCAUUAGAAACUGUGACCCUGAAGGACCUCUUAUGCUUUAUGUCUCCAAAAUGAUUCCAGCAUCUGACAAAGGUCGAUUCUUUGCUUUUGGUCGUGUGUUUGCUGGGAAGGUGUCUACUGGUGUUAAGGUAAGGAUUAUGGGGCCCAACUAUGUCCCUGGUGAAAAGAAGGAUCUGUAUGUCAAGAAUGUUCAGAGGACUGUUAUCUGGAUGGGAAAGAGGCAGGAAACCGUCGAGGAUGUUCCUUGCGGUAACACUGUUGCUUUGGUUGGUCUAGACCAGUUCAUUACCAAGAACGCGACUUUGACGAACGAGAAGGAAGUGGAUGCUCACCCUAUUCGUGCUAUGAAGUUCUCUGUUUCUCCUGUUGUUCGUGUUGCUGUCCAGUGUAAGGUUGCCUCUGAUCUGCCCAAGCUUGUGGAAGGAUUGAAGCGUUUGGCGAAAUCAGACCCUAUGGUUGUCUGUUCAAUUGAGGAGUCUGGUGAGCACAUCAUUGCUGGUGCUGGAGAGCUCCAUCUUGAGAUUUGCUUGAAGGAUCUGCAGGAUGACUUCAUGGGUGGUGCUGAAAUCAUCAAGUCUGACCCGGUUGUGUCCUUCCGUGAAACUGUGCUUGAGAAGUCUUGCCGCAUUGUCAUGAGCAAGUCUCCCAACAAGCACAACCGUCUGUAUAUGGAGGCAAGGCCCAUGGAAGAAGGUUUGGCAGAGGCGAUUGAUGAUGGCCGCAUUGGCCCGAGGGAUGACCCCAAGGUUCGUUCCAAGAUCCUGGCUGAGGAGUUUGGCUGGGACAAGGAUCUUGCCAAGAAGAUCUGGUGUUUUGGACCUGAAACCACCGGACCCAACAUGGUGGUUGAUAUGUGUAAGGGAGUCCAGUAUUUGAAUGAAAUCAAGGACUCUGUGGUUGCUGGUUUCCAGUGGGCUUCAAAGGAAGGAGCUUUGUGUGAAGAAAACAUGAGAGGUAUUUGCUAUGAAGUCUGUGACGUGGUUCUCCAUGCUGAUGCUAUUCACAGAGGUGGUGGCCAGGUCAUUCCCACUGCCAGGAGGGUCAUCUAUGCUUCCCAGCUAACCGCCAAGCCCAGGCUGCUUGAACCUGUCUACAUGGUCGAGAUCCAGGCACCCGAGCAGGCUCUUGGAGGUAUCUACAGUGUGCUGAAUCAGAAGAGAGGACAUGUGUUCGAGGAGAUGCAGAGGCCUGGCACACCGCUCUACAACAUCAAGGCUUACCUCCCUGUCAUUGAGUCCUUUGGAUUCUCCAGCACUCUGAGGGCAGCAACUUCAGGACAGGCUUUCCCGCAGUGUGUGUUUGAUCACUGGGACAUGAUGAUGUCUGAUCCAUUGGAGGCAGGAACCCAGGCUUCGACGCUUGUGGCAGACAUCCGUAAGAGGAAGGGUUUGAAGGAACAGAUGACUCCUCUCUCCGAGUUCGAGGACAAGCUGUAAGGUGGAGUAGAGGGAGCAUGGAGUUCAAGUUAUCCUUAUGUUUUUUGGUUUUACCUGUUUGGAAUUUUUGUCGUCUCUGUUCGAUUUUGUAUCGGGUAGUAGUUUGGUAGCUAUGCCAAUUUGGUCCAAAGUCUUUUUCUGAGAACUUUGAGGAUGUUUUACUGUUUUGAUGGCAUGUAAUCCUACAGUCGAAACUCCAUUUCGUUAAAAUAUAUUGUCUGUCAGUUAGUUCAUAUUUCGUAUCGUGCUGUUUUUUGCCGU